AAUAACAAUGACGUCACCGUCACUGUUGGUCCACAAAAUUAUUCCUGUAUGCUCAGAAGGGACAGUCUCUUGCUCAUGUUUUUGUCGAUGAAAAGGAGGAGGGUUGAGUCAGGAGAUCAGACAUUGCAAACAAAAGGAAGUGAAGAGAACCAGACGCAGCGUCUUGCAAACUCGCUGUUUCUCAUUCUUGACUGUAUAGUACCCAUCGACUGUUUAGGCCUCAUAAGACCGAUUAUAUUCACGUGUUGUACGCACCAGCCCAGUGACAUCAAAAUGAAGACGUUUCUUUAUCACAGUCUGUUCCUGAUCUCUGCACUAUUGGUGUGCGUGUUGCCAUCUGCCCAUCUGGCAGCCGCAAUCAUACCGACCAAACUGAGACCUGUCAAUCCGAGCGUACCGGAAGGAGGACAGAUCAGACUGAUCUGUACCGGCCUAACCCCGGACUGUGAAUACAAGAGCUUUCUGUACAAAGCGGAGGGCAACAGCGUAAUGGGAGUGCAAGCUAGCAAUCCGACAUCGUCCCACAGUUGCAGCUGCGAUGCUGGUCGACGUUGCUCCUCAAGCACGAUUUUCGUCAUGACAGCGACUCCGCAGGCUGCCGGCACUUACGGGUGCGUGGUGCUUCCAAACGGUCAGCAGCAACCACCAUCAGAGAUUCGCCGCAGUGGCGAACAGGGUCAUCGGACCCACGAGACGACGGUUACCGUAUGCGAGGGACCAGAUCUAAGUCUGCACGAACACAGCAACGGCAACUUCACCACCGUGACUGCCAGCGAUAACUGCCACUUCGAGGGUGAGCUGAGCUGGCGGAUCAACGGCCACCCCGUCCCCCUGGAGUCGGCGUCUCCCGCCCCGUCGGCCGAGCUCUCGCCGCCCGCCGCCGUUCACAGGGACAACGACCUGCUGGCAAUCAGCAAAUGCGACCGCAGGGCCACGAGGACCCCGUGCACCGUCACGGCUGAAUUCACGUACAUCUCGGCACGUCGCUUGAAAGUCGCCCACAUGUCGACAGAUAUUCAUGAUUGCUGCGUUGACCUUCCAUCAACUGUGGUUCCCACUAAGCCUCUCCUGACACAGAGACCCCAGGAACCUCUUACGAAAGUCUUGAAACUGAUGGAGGAGCUUCUGCCCCUCCAGAUUAGAUUCUUCAAGAAAUGGAGUCGAACCAGCCCCGACCGGCUUGCUCAAGCCAUCGCAGGGGCGACCUUGGAUGAGCAGGCCUAGUCGAACUUCAAGGGAUAGCUUGUCUUCCCCCAUUAUAUAGCUACAUUUUGAUUUUACGUAUUUGAUUUACAUAUUAUGGAACACAACCGGUACGGCACGUGACCCUGGGCAUGCGCACGAGUGCAUUGUUACUUCUCCGUGUAAGCUAGAUACCCAUCCCGUACUCUGACCCCCUAAAUGAUAAUUUUUCCCUAACGAUUUUGUAUGUUAGAGAAAAAACUCCUUUAUCCGAGUCUGGGCGUCUGCGACCCUAUAAAAAAAGGGCUUUCAGUUUGCGAGAAAAAAACCCCUAAAAACAACCAACCCGCUCUGCUAGAGCCGAGUUAUUGUCUGGCAUGGCAUCCAAUAAUUGGAAGUUUUGGAAGAAACUUUAAUUCAAUAACUACACGUCCAAUGUAUCAUUUAAAAGUAGAUAACUUUAUAUUGCUAGGAAAACAGCCAUUGGGAUUUUUUUAGACGAAACUCGAAAAAUAUCAAGGGGUGUCAUCGAAAAUAUCAAGAGGUGUCAUCUUUAAUAAAGCUCCGCGUGUUCACCCAGAGAUUAUUAUAAUCAUGGCACCUGUUGUAGUGUAGCUGUUUCAAUAGUGUAUUGACAAGGAAAUUAAUUACAUUUGAUAUAGUUUAAAUUAACAGAAUCUGUUGGAAUAAAGAACUGAGUUAUAGGAACACAA